UUCUUUUUUGAGGUUUUGCUGAAGAUAUUCCUGAAGAAUCAUUCCAGGUGCCACGCUAAAAAAAUGAUCCAGUUGACAGCUACCCCUGUGAGUGCACUUGUUGAUGAGCCAGUGCAUAUCCAAGCUACAGGCCUGACUCCCUUUCAGAUGGUGAGUUUUCAGGCAUCACUGGAAGAUGAAAGCGGAAACAUGUUUUAUUCUCAAGCCCACUAUAGGGCCAAUGAAUUUGGUGAGGUGGACCUGAAGCAUGCUUCUUCACUUGGAGGGGAUUAUAUGGGAGUCCACCCCAUGGGUCUCUUCUGGUCUCUGAAACCUGAAAAGCUAUUAACAAGACUGUUGAAAAAAGAUGUGAUGAAUAAGCCUUUCCAGGUCCAAUUAAAACUUUAUGACUUAGAGUUAAUAGUGAACAAUAAAGCUGCCAGUGCUCCAAAGGCCAGCCUGACUUUGGAGAGGUGGUAUGUGGCACCUGGUGUCACACGAAUUCAGGUUCGAGAAGGCCGCCUUCGAGGAGCUCUCUUUCUCCCUCCAGGAGAGGGUCGCUUCCCAGGGGUGAUUGAUUUGUUUGGUGGUUUGGGUGGGCUGCUUGAAUUUCGGGCCAGCCUCCUAGCCAGUCGUGGCUUUGCCUCCUUGGCCUUGGCUUACUUUAACUAUGAAGACCUACCCGCCAAACCAGAAGUAACAGAUUUGGAAUAUUUUGAGGAGGCUGCCAACUUUCUCCUGAGACAUCCUAAGGUCUUUGGCCCAGGCGUUGGGGUAGUCUCUGUAUGUCAAGGAGUACAGAUUGGACUAUCUAUGGCUGUUAACCUAAAGCAAGUCACAGCCACGGUACUUAUUAAUGGAACCAACUUUCCUUUUGGCAUUCCACAGGUGUAUCGUGGUAAGAUCUAUCAGCCCUUUCCCUAUUCUGCACAAUUAAUAUCCACCAGUGCCUUGGGGUUACUAGAGCUCUAUCGCAUUUAUGAGACAACUGAAGUUGGGGCCAGUCAAUAUUUAUUUCCUGUUGAAGAGGCCCAGGGGCAUUUCCUCUUCAUCGUAGGAGAAGGCGAUAAGAUUAUCAACAGCAAAGCACAUGCUGAACAAGCCAUAGGACAGCUGAGGAGACAUGGGAAGAACAACUGGACCCUGCUUUCUUACCCUGGGGCAGGCCACCUGAUAGAACCUCCCUAUUCUCCUCUGUGCUGUGCCUCAAUGACCCGUGAUUUGAAGUUACACUGGGGAGGAGAAGUGAUCCCACACGCAGCUGCACAGGAACAUGCUUGGAAGGAGAUCCAGAGAUUUCUCAGGAAGCACCUCAUUCCAGAUAUGACCAGUCCACUCUAAGAAGACUAGAUAUUCCUAGAAAAUAAAGAAGCAAAUCUCUUUACCAGGACCUUCUCUCAAUUUUCAUGGCGGAAUGUCUCCCCCAACUGCUAUAUACAUUUUGUAUUAAUUUUAAUGAUUAAAAAGAGCAUAGGGUAAAAACCUGAUAUUUCACUUAUACUGCAUAACAAGCUACCAAACUGGAAAUGGUGGAUAAAUCAUAAAACAAAUCAUUUUACUUAUUAUUUACAUGACUUUUCUUUCCAUCAGGUCUUCUAAAUAGGACUGAGGUAUAGUACACUGGCAAAAAUAAGAAAAGGCAAACAAGAAUAGCACCAAAGUAACAGAUACCUAAAACCAAAUACCAUGUCAGAACACACUAUAUAGUAAGAAUUCAUCGAAUUAGAGCUGCAGGAGAAAGGUAAUACUAAAUUAUAAUCAUUUUAGUGAUAUUUUUCAACUUCACCGCAGUAACUUUGCAACAUCAUUUUUCAUUUGUGGGGUAGUAAAAUUCAUGUCAAAAAGGAAAGAAGGAAUGGAGGAAGUCAGUUAGUUCAUUGCAAUAAAUUACUUCUUCAGUUCUUAAAAACAUGCCCACUGGCACAUAAUUGAGACAUAAUAACUAAGACUAGAAGAGACUUGGUUUAAGUUAUGAAGCAAAUUAAAAUGGAAAAGACAAGAAAAUAGAACCAAUGAGGUUGAAAAUGCCCCUUACUGAAAAUCUGUAUUAAAAAUAAAAUUAAUAAAGCAAAAAAUAAAUAUAGAAAUACAACUCUGCUAGUACAGGCUAACCUGGGGAGUUUGAUGAACUGAGUGAUUGGGUCAACUGUCACUGUACUUCCAUAAUGAAUUUUUUCAGUCAUGUUAGAGUAGCACAUGAAUGUGAGCUCUAUUAGGACAGGUACUAUUUCCAUAAGACCCAAAUAGUUACUGUACAUCCCAUAAGUAAAAAAUACUUUAGUUUGAUAACCAACAAAAUAUAUGAAGACUCCAUGUAAUUCAACCACAUGAUUGUUGUACAGUCCUUUGCAAAUAUUAAAACUUUUUUUGCUAUAAGGCUUUGAUCAUACAGUUCUCUAGCAACAUAACUACCAUCUAGCAUGUACCACAUUUUGCAAGCCUUUAAGUUCAACAAUCCAAACUGUCAAUUUGUAUUUUGUACAAAUGCAGUAUCCUUGAGGAAUAUAGUGUGUCAGUUAAAUAUCUAGAGACAUACAAACAUCUGCUAAUUCAUCUCACUGCAAUGGGUCAUUCUGAUCUCCAUCAUCAACCCGCUUUUCAUCAGCUUCUCCUACUUCAUUCUCCUCAUAGUCUUUAUCAUGAGGGAUUCUGUAUCCUGUCUCUCAUCUAUACUUUCUUGCCUUCCUGGCUGUGAUUUAUUUGUACAGCCUACACAAAAACCAUAGGGUCAAGAUCCAUGUCUUACUCCAACACUGGCUGCUAACAUGAUCUUCUUACAUACCAUAUAUUUGCAUUUUUAUCCUUCUUAUGCACCAAGAAAUGUUUUCUUCCAUGUUUUCUUCAAGUGUAAAAAAUCACAGCUAAAUGACCUCACUCAUGUAUGAAUAAGCAAGUGCCUUUUUAGUGUUGCAUUUGGCUGCAUAGCUACAAUGAUGGCAUUUUAACUUAUUCAUGAUUAGAGAUGAUGAUAUGGUUUGGAUAUUUGUUGUGCCCAAAUUUCAUACUGAAAUGUAAUCCCCAGUGUUGGAGAUGAGGCCUGCUGCGAGAUGUUUGGGUCAUGGGGGUGAACCCACAUGGCUUGAUACUGUCCUCAUGAGAGUAUGAUAGUGAGUGAGUUCUCAAGAGAUCUGACUGUUUAAAAGUGUAUGGCACCUCCUCCCUGCCCUCACACUCUUUCUUGCCUCCUCUCUCGCCAUGUGAGGUGCCUCCUCGCCGUUCACCUGCUGCCAUGACUGUAAACUUCCUGAGGCCUCCCCAGAAGCCAAGCAGAUGCAAGCAUCAUGCUUCUGUAAAGCCUGCAGGACCAUGAUCCAAUUAAAUCUCUUUUCUUUAUAAAUUA